AUGGAGGCAGACAACAGGACCACUGUCUCUGAAUUCAUCCUCCUUAGCAUCUCCAGUCGACAGGAAUGGAAUGUGCUAUUCUUCACCAUCUUCUUGAUGAUAUAUGUCAUCACGGUCCUGGGAAAUCUUACUAUUGUCCUGGCCAUAAGGCUGGAUGGCCACCUCCUCCAUACUCCCAUGUACUUCUUCCUCAGUAACCUCUCCCUGGUAGACAUCUGCUUCACGACAGCCACCGUGCCCAAGAUGUUGGCUGACACACUCUCUGGAGUGAGGAAGAUUUCAUAUGGUGGGUGCUUGGCACAGAUGUACUUCUUCAUUGCCUUUGGCAUCACUGACAGCUUUCUCUUGGCAUCCAUGGCAUUGGAUCGUUAUGUGGCCAUCUGUCGCCCACUGCAUUAUGCCACAGUCAUGAAGAACCAGGUCUGCUUUCUACUAGUGGCUUCCUCCUGGCUGGUCUCCCACCUUCACUCUCUCCUGCACACCAUCCUGAUGUCCCGGCUCUCUUUCUGUGCCUCCAAUCGACUACCUCACUUCUUUUGUGAUGUCUUUCCAUUGCUCAAGAUCUCUUGCUCCAACACAGACCUUAAUACUCUGAUAGUGCACACAGAAGGAGCUCUGAUUGUUAACGGAGCUCUGGUGUUCAUUGUCCUCUCCUACGCACGCAUCCUAAUGGCUGUGCUAAGGGUUCCAUCCGCUGAGGGAAAGCGGAAGGCUUUCUCCACCUGUGGGUCCCACCUGACUGUGGUCUCCCUAUUCUAUGGCACUGUCAUCUGGGUCUACUUCCAGCCCUCGUCCAGCUUCUCAGCUGAGAACGACACACUGGCUGCCAUCAUGUACACUAUGGUCAUACCCAUGCUCAACCCCUUCAUCUACACCCUGAGGAAUGACAAGAUGAAGGAAGCCCUGAAGAAGUUUUUUGGAAGCAAAGUAAGCUAA